CCGUCGUCCAUCGUCCAUCGUCCAGACCUAUCUCCAGCGUUCCUUCCCACGCGCUUUGACUCUAGCUUCGUCGUUCUCGACCUGCUUCGCUCUUCUAUAUAUCCAUUCUCGGUCGUUUGCCUCUCAUCAACAGUACUCGUGUCGCAGUGUCUCGGUCCUUUUCUCUUCCUCAUUCUCCGUCUGGGUCUGCCUGUCAGUCAGUCAGUGAAGACAAUUGUAAGUACACGCGAAGAUUUUUCACAGCGAGGAGUAGCAGAGCGAAAAAUUUACAGUGAGAGGGAACAGCAUCGAGGGGAGGCGCAGGUCGAUCGAUUGCAGAAUUGGGUGUGCACCGUCAGGCCGGAGUGCCCUGAGAAUGGUUGUGCCCAGGAAGCUUCUCAAUGUCACGGUCCCUUCGUACUUCAUGUGCCCUAUUUCGCUGGAUCUCAUGAGGGAUCCGGUCACGCUCUGCACAGGAAUGACCUACGAUCGAUCGAGCAUCGAGAAAUGGCUCGACGAUGGGAAUCUGACGUGCCCGGCCACUAUGCAGUUGUUAGACAGCACGAGCCUGAUCCCGAACCACACUUUGAGGCGUUUGAUUCAGGAGUGGUGCGUCUCGAAUCGCUCCAAUGGAGUAGAAAGAAUCCCCACCCCCAAAUUGCCGGCGCAACCCGAAGAAGUCAAGGCAAUGCUCGAGGACUUGAAGUCGGGAAUUAAUGUUCAUGACACCGUGAAAAGGCUUCGCAGUCUCGCGAGGGAGAGCGAGAAGAACAAACGCUGCGCUUCGGACGCCGGGGCGGUCCAUGUUUUGAUCAACCUGCUCACCGUGCCCAACGCGGAGUGGCCAGCAAGCCUGAAUUAUUCUGCCGAUCGCGACUGGGUGGAGCUCACAGAGGAUGUACUGGCCACCAUCGUGGUCCUAUCCAACAGCGAAUCGUCGAGAGGCUCGGUGGUAGCGGGGACCAAGCAACUCGCUUGCAUCUGCUGGUUUCUGCGUCGGGGUAGCAUAGAGUCGAAGGUCAACGCCGCGGUGGUCCUCGAGAGCUUGGCGAGCAACAGCGAACUCAAGAGCGCCCUGUCGGAAAUGGAGGGAGUGAUUGAAUCGUUGGUGGGUCUUUUGAGGGAGAAAUUCUAUCCUAGAGCUGUCAGGGCGAGCUUGAAAUGCCUCUUGGCCUUGUGCGCCACCACCAGGAAGAAUCGAAUCAGGGCAGUAGAGGCAGGCGGUGUCGCAGCUCUCGUGGAGUUGCUUCCUGAAGCAGAGGGUCGUGGAAUGCUGGAACGCGCUCUGAAAAUUCUCGAGUUUUUAUCGUCUUGCGCCGAGGGACGAGAGGCAAUUAGCGAUCACGCGCUCGCGAUCCCCAUGCUCGUGAAAUUGAUUCUGAGAGCGUCCGAGGCCGCCAUCGAGCACGCGGUCGUGAUCUUGUGGAUGGUGUGCGAGUAUUCGGUGAACGCCUCCACCGUGCGGGAUUCCGCAGUCCAGGCCGGAGUGAUCACUCGUCUUAUCCUACUUUUGCAGACCGAAUGCUCCAAGAGGACCAAGCAAAAGGCCAUCGAGUUGUUGAAGCACCUCCGAGACAUUUGGAGUCAAUAUCCGUGCAGUCCCGGGAACAAGGCUCUAUCACGAAUUGCACCCUUCUGAAACCAACCUCUAAUGCGUGAUUUUGAUUUCAUGGGAUGAUUUUACGGAAUAACUUGUACAUAGUAAAGGGUUAGCAACCGGAAUAAAGUAGUUCUUGAGUUGUGGCCCAAAGAAGAAAAGGUUGCAAUUUAGGAAACAUUCAUUGGCUUCACAUCUGGAGGCCCGUAGAGUUUUGUUAGAAUCGCGGAUAUUCUGCCAACAUUGCGAAUUUAGAUAGUCAAUCCCCCUGUACCAGAUUUGGGUGAAAUUGUUUUCACUUCGGAUGAGGUGGAUCCAGUAGCAUGAAUUUGUCGAACACCCCGGAGCUACAGCAGAGCAUGGACCGAUGCUGAGACUAGGUUUUACAUGCGCACUAUAUUUCCUUUGUAUCAUAUGUAACGCGGUCACACAUUGAAACGAAUUUUUUGGGGAGGAGUGACGGAGAUUGUUUCUCCCUCUGCUGAACAGAAAAUAUUACUGAUGGUAUGAAUCU